AUGGCGGCGGAUUCGAAUAAGAGUGCAAGCGACCGAGGUCAACAGGUGGAACAUGUUGAGCCCCAGCAUCAGGACGUAAUUGUCCAGGAGGCUGCGGACGAUGGUGUUCACAUUCAGCUUAGUUGGAGGUCUUGGGUCGUCGUACUUGUAACAUGUUUUGCCGUUGUCUCCCAGGUCUUUGUCGUCGUUGCGGCUGGAUCCGUCAUCGCCUUCAUCAUUCGUGAUAUGGGCGAAGCCGGUCUGGCGGGUUGGAUCAUUCAAGCUCCGCUUCUCAUGCAGGCUGUCUUGUCCCCCAUUUUCGGUCGUCUCUCCGACGUUCUGGAGCGGAAAUACCUUGCCGCCGGUCCUCCAUUGAUCGCCUUUGUCGGCGCCGUCAUCUCCGCCAAGGCGACUUCGAUGAAUAUGCUUGUUGGCGGUGGCAUCUUGAUUGGAACCACGCUUUCGACCAUUUCCAUCGUGCAGGCUAUUCCCUCUGAAAUUCUUCCUCUCAAGUAUCGUCCUAUCGCGCAAGGUUUCUGUGGUAUGGGUGGUACCAUCGGUGGCCUAAUUGGAUCUCUUGGCGCUGGUGCGGUCACCAAUGUCGAUUCUGGCGGUUGGCGGUGGAUCUUCUGGAUCCAGGCCAUCUUCCAUGGCCUCACAUGCAUUGGAUUCCUCUUAUUCUACUGGCCUCCCAAGAACAAGGAGUACCCCAAGAUGGCCCUGAAGGAGUACAUCUGGACUUGCGACCCUAUCGGUUCGGUUUUAUUCAUUGCCGGCUCUACUUUGACCAUUCUGGCCCUCAAUUGGUCCAGCGGUGUCUACGAGUGGGACGACGCUCAUGUUGUCGCUCCUCUGACCAUCGGAUUAGUGCUGCUUGUUGCUUUCGGUCUCUACGAGUGGAAGGGCCGUGAUGAUGGUCUCGUUGCCCACAUCUUCUUCCAGCACAACGCCAACUUCUUCUACUCAACCUUCGCCUUUGCCGUCGAGGGCUGGAUCUUCUACAGUGCCGUCAACGCCGUUGUGCCCCAGAUCGUCUUGAAUCUCGGAUUCGAGAAUAACUCGUGGGACAUUUCCGUCCGGCAGCUGUCGUUCCAGUGCACCAUCUUGGCUUUCCCCCUCAUCCUCUCAGGCUACGCCAGUUACUUCAAGGAUCUCAAGAAUCCCCUUCUCAUUACCUUCAUCAUCUUUCUUGCUGUCACCAUCUUUUAUGCCAACAUUAAGCCCAGCAUGGACAAAGCGCAGCUCGCUAUCAACGUUUUGGCCGGUAUCGGUCAGGCCGGCCCUUUGACCCUGCUUCCAGCUGCCAUCCAGUACACCGCUCCUCAUGCCUUCCUCUCCACCGCGACUGGACUGGCCUUCUCGGCCCGAGCCAUCGGCGGCGCCAUGGGAUCUGCUGUCCUGGACACCAUCAUCCACGGACGCCUUGCGGGGCAUUACGCACCGGCUGUUACCGCCGCGGCUAUCGGUGCCGGUCUUCCGGAGUCCAGCGUGGCUGACCUGCUGACUGCGAUGGCUUCCGGCGUCCGAGAGGGCGUUGAGGGCGCCACCGAUGCCGUUUGGGCGGCGGCAUCUGCUGCCGGGUACAAGGAAUACGCCCACGCGUAUCGGUUGGCCUGGGCUAGUAUUAUUCCGUUUGUUGUGAUUGCAAUUGUCGCCAUUUGGUUCAUGCGUGGUGUUAAGGAGCUGAUGACGGGGAAGAUUGAGGCUACUGUUGAACAGGUCGGCGAGGGCCAAGAUGAAGAGAAGGCUGGAAAGAAGAGGAUCAAUUUCCAUCUUUAA